AAUGGCCGACUUCGAUACAAUAUACGAAGAAGACGACGAACCAGAUUCUACAGAUGAUUGUGGCAUUACUGUCCCAGAGCCGAUAGUAAUACGCGGUGCCGGGAAUGUUACUAUUUUUGGUCUCAGUAACAAGUUUGAUGUCGAAUUUCCAUCAGGUCUUUCAGCAAAGGUGGCCCCAGAAGAGUUCAAGGCGACGAUGGUGCGGAUAAACAGUGUUCUUCGCAAGGCGUUGCCCGUCAACGUCAAGUGGUUGUUUUGUGGUUGUGUCUGCUGCUGCUGUACACUCGGCUGUUCCUUGUGGCCUGUCAUUUGUCUCAGUAAAAGAACAAGACAUGCAAUAGAAAAAGUGUUAGACUGGGAAAAUAGUCAUCUAUAUCAUAAGCUUGGAUUGCAUUUUCGACUUAGUAAACAAAGGUGUGACUCAAGUAGUAUGAUGGAAUAUGUACUGUUAGUUGAAUUCAUUCCAAAAGUCCCGAUUUUACGACCGGACUAGCAGUAUGUACGAGGUAUAGAUACUUUAAAUUGUUUUCCCUUCUCUCUCACCUGCUGAUCUCAAGAAGAACCCCGUAGUUUAUGAUGACAGACGAACUGUGGACAGCUGACGAAAGAUGUCGACAGAGUCACGAAGAUGGCGCCUGUGGCUGCUACCCAAGAUCAAUUACCAGUCUUUUCAUCGAAAGACUUGUGUCACUUCUGUUUCUCUCUAUGUCAGUGAUGCUACCCCGACAUGAAUUAACAUCGUAAUAUGUAUUAUAUAUCAUGGCCAUUUUGCUUAAUAUAUUAUUUUUUACAUUUUUGUGGAUGGACAUGGCACCAUGCUCGUAUAAAAUUAUUGUUUUCAUUGCCACUUAUAUAUAUAUAUAUAUGUGUGUGUGUGUGUGUGUAUGUGUAUGCUUAUUAAAUGUAAACAUACAUUGAUGUUACCAUACAUGUGAAAUGACAAUAGUGAUAAUAUAUGUUACAUCAUGACGUGAUUGUUUAUGUUUUAUCUUUUACAUUUCGUGUAUGGUAGUGGCCCUGAUUUUGCAAGAAAUGUUUCCUUUAAUGUUGCCUUGUUACAUGUAUCUUACUAAACGCAAACGUACAGAUGAUUAUUAUCUGUUGGUAUAUUAUGAGUGUGUCAGUUCACUGUAGCUCUGGCUUCCAGUUAUAAUGACCGUCUUGUAGAAAUUAAUUGUGAGGUAGUCAGAUUAUUUUGGGUAUGGACAUAUAAGGGGUCUUUAAAUACACAUUUUUGUGUAAUGUGGGAUUAAUAGACUUCAUCAUAUCUGGUCAUGUGGGAUAGAAAAAGUACACCUGAGGUGGUGGAAAUUUGGACUCGGGGGAGGGGGGAAACGAGGCUUGCCGUUUUCAAUCUCACAUGACUGCAUAUGAUGCAGUUGUUUUUUUCUCAUCCAUUUGAUAAAUAAUCCAUUAUUUUACACAAACAAAUAAAGAUGGCUGAAAAACUAACUUCUUUAUUUGCCGCAUCUGUUUCAUGUGUUAAAUAUAAUUUAACACUUAAAAUUAACACAAUAACUUUUAUAAUGAAGGUUUUAAUAACAAAAUAGUGAUUUGAAACUAUUGUUUGAUGACCUCAGAUCACCAACUCGCAUUAAUAUGACAUCAUAUAUUACCAACGACGUAAUACUCCCCGUAUUAAACGUAAUGAUUCAUAGCCUAUACAAGACAGGUUUAUUCUGUAUGGGCUGACGUAAUGGAAUGAGUCUGUCUUGCAUAGCUAGAGAUGGGAGAAAUUUGUCUACCAUGAUUAUAAUAUACUCAAAUCACAGAAUUAGCAGGGUCUUUUCAUACAAGUUUUUAUUUAAUCUUAUACCAUGAUAUAUUAGGUUAAAAUUUACAACAUUACAAUAGUCAGGUGUCCAGCAAGUCUGAAUGUUAAAUUGACAAAAUAAAUCAAAAUAAUUAUCUUAGAAUCAAAAGGUAUCUUUUCUUACACAUGUUAACUAGUCCGUUUCCAAAAUCUGUUUUCCCUCUUUAUGUUAUAAAACAAGUAUAUUGAUUGUGUAUUAGAUAAAGUAAAGGCAUUGGCUAAUAGUAUUUGCUUGAUUUUUGUUCCAGCCACGUUAACAUAAGUGUAAAUGUUGCUACUAUUUUAAUAUUUAAAAAAAUGAGGUAAUAGGGUAAUACGUUGUUAUCCACAUCGUUCAAGAUAUACAGGGAAAUAUAACCAGUAUGACACACAUGUCAUAAUGAUUUAACAUACACAACGAAUGACAUAAUUUUGGGAAGUGACGGCUUAACAUAAUGCGGCUUCCCAGUCUGAGCUCUGUGUACUCACUUACCAAAAUGACAUCAUUUCGUCGUCUUCUUCUACUUACUGUUGAAACAUUUAGACAUGGUCCUUAUCACAAUGCAUAAAAUAAUAUUAUGGAUGAUAUUGAUAAUAAAGAAAUUAUUACACUCGCGUGUGAAUCGUAAGUACUAAUUUCACGAAACUCAUGUCUCGAUUCAUGUAUUACCCUGGCUCUUGCACAGGCAAUCCGAGAAUCUUGAUAUUCGUUUUGUAAAAUCCGUACAACACACAAAGUCCUAUAAUAAUCUCUCUAAACACCGUGUCAAUCUAUUUGUUGACAUUUAGCACAUGACUGUAUAUCAACACAUGUCAUGCCAUUUACCAGGGCUUCUAGAAUUUUUAUAAAAUCCACUAGCCAUGGGAUCGGUGAUUUUUGAAAUUUUACUAGCCACAAUUAAAAAUUGA